GCCAACGCAGCAUCCCUCCUGCUAUAUAUAGGCGGCCCGCGCCAGGGCCCACACACCCCACAGCAGCACCCCACCACCGCCUGCACCAGCCAUGGGCAAGAUCACCUUCUACGAGGACCGCGGCUUCCAGGGCCGCCACUACGAGUGCAGCAGCGACCACUCCAACCUGCAGCCCUACUUCAGCCGCUGCAACUCGGUGCGCGUGGACAGCGGCUGCUGGAUGCUCUAUGAGCAACCCAACUUCGCGGGCUGCCAGUACUUCCUGCGGCGCGGGGACUACCCCGACUACCAGCAGUGGAUGGGCUUCAGCGACUCCAUCCGCUCCUGCUGUCUGCUGCCCCCACAGUCCAGCUCGCACAGGAUCAGGAUCUACGAGAGGGAGGACUACCGAGGCCAGAUGGUGGAGCUCACGGAGGACUGCGCCUCUCUCCAGGACCGCUUCCACUUCAGCGACUUCCACUCCUUCCACGUGAUGGAGGGCUACUGGGUCCUCUAUGAGCUGCCCAACUACCGCGGCCGGCAGUACCUGCUGCGGCCCGGGGAGUACAGGCGCUACCACGACUGGGGCGCCGUCAAUGCCAGGGCGGGCUCCCUGAGGAGAAUCAUGGAUUUCUAUUGAGACAUGUUGACCCUACCGUUUUCUCUAUCUGGGCGCUAAUAAAAUAUUUCCUGUGUGUUUCAUGCAA